AUGGAUGCAGCAAAGUUCUGCAUUCAAAAUUCAAGCCAUGAGACAGCUACAGACCAGUUCACAGUUCGCGUCCUCGACAGUGAGGAGCAUGAGGUCUGGUGGACUGUGGGAGUUAUCAAGUCCAUCAUGACAGCGGCAGCGGAUUCCGACACUCCCCUCAACAUCUGGUUGAUCGACCCUGCCAGACCGAAGCAAGCAGCACAGAUCGAAGUUCUUCAAGGGAGCAGCCGUGCAGGUGUCAGAAGCCUGGCGGCAGAACAGAAGAAGAGCGUGCUUGUCGCUCAUCUGAACUUGUAUCCCGAAGAUGAUCUCAAGUUCAUUGAGGAAGAGGUUCUGUCGUUUGUGGGUGACCCCGAGCGAGUCUCCCAUAGACUCCGGCUGCUCAUUCAGGCUCUAGAUGCAGCAGCUGUCUCCCCAGACCUCGAGGACGAAGUGAACGAGGUUGUCAAGGCCUCGCUCAGCGAGGACGUGGCGUCUCAGGCCCUGCAGUUCUCAUACCUCGUGGAUAUCGACAAGGAGACGAGCACGGCCAAGAUGCGAUUUGAGCUGAAGGAGAACGACGAGGUUCCCCGUGUGUUGGCAACGAUCCGACUUGUACUCGAAUCCUGCAUGGAAGCUGGAGCAACCUUGCUGUCCAUCGAGCUGCUUGACAGGGACAAAUCUGCGGUACUAGCAGUGUCGCCAGUACAGGCCUCUAUGAAGCUUUCUGUCGUAGAUCCCAGGUGUGCAGUCAGAGUUGCUUCCAACGAGAACAUCCCAGGCCAGUCGAUCUCACUGGAGGACUUGGACGCGCGAUGGUCAUUCUCGUACGUGAGAUCGAGCGAGGGGAGCAAGGUGUUGCAGCUUAUGCUCAAGGCCAUUGGGGCCAUCCCCACCCAAGAGGAGGAGAGGGAGUUUGUAAUGGAACUGAAUCGCGAGGCUGGGAGGCUGCUCAAGGACAAGGACCAGGUAGACUUCUCCUUCUUGACGGACAUCGACGAGGAGCACGAGACAGCAAAGAUCCACUUCGAAGUGCCAGCGGAGAGCAAGAUCCCUGAAGUUCUGUCCACCAUUCACGUCGUCCUCCUCUCUUGCAUGGAAGCCGGGGCCCAGUCUCUGGCCGUGGAGCUGGAGCAAGGUGAUCACAGCUCAACGGUGGUCAUUGAUUUCGUCUCGAACAGAUCGUCUAAGGAUUGGAGUGUGCCAAACGAUAUCAACCCGAGCAGGGCGUCCUAUCAUGCCUCUGAUGGCACGGCGAUCAGAGUUUUCACACAGAUGACACCGAUGGAGCUGAGAGAUCAGUUUGACGAGGAUGGCGACAACCUCCUUAUCGAUCUCGGGCACGAGGUCCUGGACAUGAAGUUCUCCAGCAACGUAGCGGAAGCUGAGAGGCACAGAAGUUAUGCGUACGACACCAUCAUGAGCUUGAUAGAGAACCCGAAGGACAGACAGAUCAAGAAACUCCGCUUGCUCCAGCUCCAGAUCAAGAGGCUAACGUCCUUGUCUCAGCAACUGAACUUGGUAGAAUUCUGAAGUGAUAUUGUACAAUAGCCGGGAGAGGAGUGCAAGGGGAGUAGGAUUUGUGGUGUGUAAUGACUGGAUAAAAGCAGGGAAAACGUUG